UACAAAAUUCAUUAACUUUUGCUGCUGCAGCAGAUUUUACAAGACGUCAACGCUAGGUGGCGCCAUCUACAGUCUCGUUCUGCUGCAAAACAAGGAAAGUGGUUGCCAUAGGUGUGCGCGGGUGUGCGUGUGUGCGUACAAGUGUGUGUUUAGUGUUGUGUUAUUAAGUGCACUACUCCAUCAAUUUAGCUGAUUACAACGCUUGGGAAUAGCUAAAGUAAUGCACUCAAAUACCUGAGUGGUAAUUACAUAUCUAUAUACACAACAUAUGUAUCUAUGUACAUAUAUGUAUAUAAAUCCAUCAGAUAAAGGAAUACUUCAUUAGACUUCAAGAUAGACGACAACGAAUAAAGCGAAGGAGCGACACCGACGCCAACUCCGACGCGAGACACCCACAGCCAUCCCAGCUCAGACUUAAAUUAUAUGCCACGCUGCAGCUAACAAUUUCCAUAUGAAUUUGGCUAUAAUGUGAACAACAACAACAACAACAACAAUAGCAACAACACGAAUUUCAAAUGUGAACCAAACUCCAAAUUAUUUCGGCUCACAAGUUUCGCGUGCCACAAAAAAAGAAUUGUGAAAACCAAAGAAAAAAACACAAACAAAAAUAAUAUUCAACAUUAGGCAAAAAUUAUUGCCAAAGUUUUUUGGUUUUGUUUUUGUUUUUGAAAGUGCAGUGAAAACGAAAUAUGAUUAAUUAGCAAAUGAGGCAAAAAUCAUUCACUUGAUGAAUAUUGCUGCAAAAGCCGUUGCAUGUGAGCGAAAGAUAUUCGCCGCGCGUUUUUAAACGCUCGCGACGCGACACAAAACGCGCGCGUUUUCUAUCUCUACUUUCGCGGAAGUGAGCUUACCUUGCCUCGCCAGAUAAAAAGAAACCAACGCAAAUUGCAUAAAUUUUCCUUUAAGCAGCAAGUUCAGUGCAUAAAUUAAGUUUUGGCCAAAAAAUUCACAUUGUGAACAAAAAAAAAAAUAAGAAAAAAUUGCAAAAAUUUGGCAAAAUGGAAUUGGAAAUGGCAGCAGCGGAGCCGUCGCGCCCGCUGGAGGCAAUAUUUAUUGCCACGCCCCCCUGCACACCGCUGCCCUCCUCGCUGACGCGCACGACAACGCCGCGCGAGCUGCCCAGCAUGUAUCACUUUGAUUUUGCCACAAUGGAUUCCGAUGGCAAUUUGGAUGAUGAGCCAGUGGGUCCCAAGCCGGGGCCACUCACCACGGGCUUCUCCGAGAUCCUACAGGAGCAGGAGGUAGUCUGCAGCACCCAGCUACUAGCCUGUCCCAACUGCAGUCGCACCUUCAACACGAAUGCACUGCGCAAACACGUCGUCGUCUGCGAGAAGAUGCUGAAGAAGCGCAAGGUCUUCGACUCGUCGCGUCAGCGCCGGGAGGGCACAUCCCUGUCCACCUAUGUGCUGCCCAAGAACUUCGGGCUGCCCAAUGCAGAGAAGGCACCGGGCGUACACACACCGCCCACAGCCAGCCGCGAGGCGUCCACCGUAUCGAGCAGCGGAGUGCCGCAUGAGGCCUCGCCGCUGUCGAUACGCCGUAAGAGCAAGACGGAUAUGACGCGCGCUUCGUUGCGCAAAGGAGCCGGCGCCGGCACUGCAGCUACCGUUGGUGUCGCUGCUGCCGGUCCUGCUAAUGCCGAGCCUCAGGCAACAUCAGCGGCAGCUGCGACCGCUCCGCCAACAUUGAGCCGUGAUCGUUCACGUGCCUCCGACCGUUCCAUAACCAGGCGCAUCAAGGACACCGCCACGGAACAUUGCCCGCACUGUGAGCGCAACUUUAAUAUCAAGGCUUUCGAUCGCCAUGUGGAGUGGUGCAAGGAGAAGGCCAUUCAGGCGAACAUCAAAUCCAAUAACACCGCGGAGACAAACAAGGCCAAGGAGCGCAUGGAGGCGCGUAAAAAGUAUCGUCCACCGAAUCUCAAAACCAAGCGCUCCAUUAAUCGGGACAAGUACUCGGGUGCCCAGGAGGAGCACUUCGAGCCAGAGCCAGUUGCUGUGAAGCAGAAUUUAAUGACGCUCUCCACAAUGACGUCGUCCGUACAAAGUGAUAACGGCCUCAAUCCAUCGGCUAGCGACAAGUACGAUCCGUUUCUGUCCGCCAAGCGCCAGCUGGAGGAGCUCUGCUCGCCCAGCACACCACCCGACAACGAACCACUGGUCCGCACAACAGCCACCCCGACAGUCACACCGACAGCCACACCCACAGCGAUCAUGUCCACCUCGCUGACCAGCUCGCUGGGCAAAGCCACGUCGACAACAUCCACCACGGCAUCAAAGGGCACGCCCACAUCAAAUUUCCGACGCACUUCGUCCCUGCGCGGACCUCGUCGCACGCCACUGCUGCCCAGUCGUCCGCUCUUUGCCACCAACUAUCGGCCCACCAUCCAGCGCGGCCUCUCAGACGAGGGCCCCAUCUCGAGCAACUUCCUCAAGCCGGAGGAGUACGACGAGAUGCCCGUGCGUGCUGCGUGCGGCAAUGAUUUCCACAGUCCGCGCGUUGUGCGCCGCGACACGAGCAACUCGAAUCGCAAGCAGCAAAUGAAACUGCCUCUCGGUGGCGACACUGAGCCGGACAACACGUCCACGUCCACGUCCAAGCAGCAGCAGCAGCAGGCGCCGCCGGCACGUAACGUGGCCAAGACAGACUCCUUGGCCGUGUUCCUCAAGUACGAGCACGAGCUGGAGCAGCUGAAUGCGAAGGCUGCGGAAGUGGCUGCCAAUAGCAAAGAGCUGAGCAGCAAGGAUCUCAAAGACAAGAGCAACAAUCUGAGCAAGCAGAACUCGGCCAAGAAUCUAAAUGCCAACUCAAGCAGCGGGCAGCUGCCGCCGUUAACGACGCCCAUUUGUCCGCCAGUGGCCAAGGAGAACAACGAGAAUGUGGCACAUAACUUUGCCACGCCGCUGCGCCUGGACCCCAUCGUCAAGCCGCAACAGAGUCUGAUCAACAACAGCAACAACAACAACAGCAAUGGUGGUGGCAUUGCGGCACCGUCGCCCAUCAAGCUGGAGAGCAUCUUUGGCAGCAAUCGAAUGGCCGACUACAUAGAUCCCAAGCUGAUCAAUCCUUGUGAUAACCUGCUGGUGCAGCAGUCAUCCACUGGCUCCUCCGAUGCCAGCUCCACGCCACAGCAGCUAUCGCAGAGUCGCAGCAGCUCGCAGUCGACCAUUACGAUGGGGCAGGAGCAGCGCCGUCAUUCCGGCGAGGCGCGUAAUCUGCUGAAGCGCAAGAUGCGACUGGGACGCAAUCAGUUUCUGUACGAUGCCUCGCCAGAGGAGGCGUACAUCUCGUCCGGCAGCUGCGCUGAUGAUGAGGCCAAUCGCUCCUCGCUGGAGUUUGACGAGCAAUGCUGGCAGCAGCAGCAGAAGCAGCUGCUCUCCAAUCCACUCAAGGCAAUGCCGCUGACGCUGCCCAAUAUGCCAGUGCUGCCCACCUUUGAUGACUUCGACUUUGAGGAAUUUCUCUCAUCAUUCGAGAACGAGAAUGAUGACGAGCAAUUUCCGCUGUUCCGCGACUGUCGCGAGUUCCUGCUGAAUCGCACGACGAGCCGACACCGCUCGUUCCAGAAAGCGACUUCAACGCCACAGCCUCAGCCACAGCCACAGUCACAACCACAAUCCCAUACACAGACACAACCACCGACGCCGACAGCCACACAGAGACCAGCCACGACCUCUGGCAUUGGGUCUCAGUAUAUAACGCCACCCAAGACCCAUUACUUUGCUUCCAGCACUAAAGAGCCUCAUGCCCACAGAUCCAAUUCGAAUACAUCAAUUGGCAACGAAUCAUUCAAGUCUCCACAGGCCAGCACUGGCUCCUACAAGACACCAAAUGGCAGCGGUUCCUACAAGACGUCGCCGACUAGCGCCUUCAAGUCGCCGUUGUCCAGCAGCGAUGAGAAGCUCGACCGCCAGCUGUCGAAUGUCUCCGGCACCAGUAGCAGCAGCAACUGCUACGUGGAGAAGACGCAGAAGUCUGUGGACGAAUCGAAGAAACGUGAAAUCUUUAUAAGCAUUGAAACUGAGGCCAAUGCCCAGGGGCGUUCGCCAAUCUCACCGGACUCACUGCGUCACAUGGUUGGCAAUGCACAGACGCCCAUCGAUGUGCUGCACAUUGAGAACGGCAACGAGCCGGAGCAUGCCAAGUUCAGCAAGAUCAGCGACAACGAGGAUCCGAUCGAUGAUGAGACUAGUCGCGCUCAUUAUCCGAAUCGGCUGAGCCCAGCUGUGACCUCGCCAUUGCCCAAUGUCGAGGCAAACAAUGCCAAGAAUGUGAUAGAGAAAAUGCGUAACGAUUUCAAGCAGCUAGGCGAAGAGGCAAGCGCCUCGGUUCGCCGCGAUAUCUUGCAGCGCCAGGAGCAGGCGCAGCAAAAGCAGCAGAUGCCAACACAGCAGGAAGUAAAGGGAAUGACGCCAUCGCCAUCAGGAGAUUCAGAUGAGUUAAGUAGCCUCGAUGGAUAUCCAAUGUCCUCAUCGCAAUCCUCACGUCGUGGCGGUAGCUCCAAGCUUAGUACCGACUCAGCUUAUGGCAGCAGCAACUCUCCAUACUGUCUGUCCCGUCAACGCUCCACUGAGCUGCAGUCGAACAUGAGUACGCCGCGCACCCCUAGCCAAUUGCGUCCACACACGGCCAGUGGAGCCAUCGCAAUGUCCACCAAGCAGCCCAGCAACAUGAUGGAUGCCUCAACACAGGCACAAAGCAACUAUGGAACACUAAAGGCGCGCCAGCGCAUGUUUGCACCGAAUGGUCUCGGCAUUUGUAGCGACGCUGGCAAUGGCAACAUGGAAUAUUCCAGCAGCAGCUCAGAGCAGCUGAUGCAACAGCAACAGGAACAACACCAACAGCAUCACAAGCAAAACACAAAUUACAACUACAUACAGCAGCAGCAGCAAUCUCAGCCUCAGGUAGCCAACAAUAACAGCAAUAGCUAUGAGCUAAACGCAUUGAACUUAAAGAACAACAAUUGCAAUAGUGUAGGUGUUGGUUUAACACCUACAACAUCUCAGCAUUCGCUGCAAAGCAACAAUUCAAAUGCUUCUGUGAAAAUGUCCAAAUUCUGUCACGAAUGUGGCGCCAAAUUCGUGCUAGAGCACGCCAAGUUCUGCAUGGAGUGCGGCGUUCGUCGCGUCGUGCUUUAAGCUCAACAAAAAAAUAA